AUGCGUUCGUUAUUGUACUUGACGGCAGCUCUGGUCUAUCUUCUUCCCAGCGUCGUUGCGAUCAGUGUCUCUCGCACUGACUCGGCGAAGAGAGCUCAAACAACGCUAACUGAUGGGACGCAAAACAAACGUCUGCAAGGGAAGGUGGGGACUGUGGCGUGGCAGUCGACUGGAAUCUUGAUCGACGGGUGUCCCAGUAACAUAUCCAUCAGGGACUGCUACACACUUCAGUUGUCCAACGAUCCUACCAAAAUGCUUGACCCGAAUCCGACCAGCCCAAGACAAAGGAUUGAGUUCAGUAUCGGCAAGACGAAAGACAAUAUCCCUAAGUCUUACACCUGGAAGUACUACCUGUCCUCCAAGACCGGUACAGGAAAUAGCUUUUUCCACCUCAUGCAGGUCAUAUCGGACGGUUACAGUGGCCCCGUCAUAACCCUCGAUGCCGAGGCUGGUAAAGUUGCCAUCAAGGACAUGAAGGGCUUCCAUCCUUGCCCAUCUUCUGGUUGCCCCAGUGUCGCGCUUGAAGACUUCACAGACCGCGUCACGUUGCACUCGAUGAACGUUACUUUCGGAAACAACGGGAAGCUGGCGUACAAGGUGACGGACGAGAAGACGGGGAAGACGUUGAUCGACUACUCGGCUAAUAAGAAUAUGGGGAAUGUCACGUCGAGCAUUAAAUUUGGGACGUACAGGGGUGCUUAUAAGGGAAUGACAGAAUCUCUCGCUUAUCUUGGAGACUGGACGGGCGAGGACAACUGA